AUGGCGGGCAUCUUCGACCAACCGCGCAACCAGGGCACCCUUUUCCUGGGAGGCCAGAAGAUCUCAGGUGCCGAUAUUAGAGAUCAAAAUGUGCUCGCAACUCAGGCCGUCGCCAACAUCGUCAAGUCCUCUUUCGGUCCUAGCGGUUUGGACAAGAUGAUGGUGGACGACAUUGGUGAUGUGACGGUCACCAACGACGGCGCAACCAUUCUCGGUCUCCUCAAUGUCGAGCACCCGGCCGGCAAGAUACUUGUCGACCUCGCACAACAGCAAGAUAAGGAAGUCGGGGACGGAACUACAAGCGUGGUGCUUAUUGCCGCCGAGAUGCUGAAGAGGGCCAACGACCUCAUGAAGAUGCGGAUACACCCCACAACAAUCAUCACAGGAUACAGACUGGCGCUACGAGAGGCCGUGCGGUACAUGAAUGAGAAUGUGAGCACAAAAGUGGAGACUCUUGGAAGAGAAAGCUUGAUCAACAUUGCAAAGACGAGCAUGAGCAGCAAGAUCAUCGGCGCAGAUUCCGACUUUUUUGCGAACAUGGUUGUCGAUGCCAUCACUAGUGUCAAGACUACGAACGCGAGAAACGAGGUCAAGUACCCAGUCAAGGCAGUCAAUGUGCUCAAGGCCCAUGGAAAGAGUGCAACAGAGUCGGUACUUGUGAAGGGAUAUGCAAUGAACUGCACUGUUGCUUCACAGGCGAUGAAGACGAGGAUCACGGAUGCCAAGAUUGCCAUUUUGGACAUGAAUCUGCAGAAGGAGCGCAUGAAGAUGGGCGUGAACGUGGUCAUUGACGACCCAGCACAACUGGAAAAGAUCCGUGAGCGAGAGUCAACCUUGGUAACGGAGAGAGUCGAGAUGAUUCUCAAGGCUGGUGCGAAUGUUAUCUUCACAACGAAGGGCAUUGACGACUUGUGCCUGAAGCAUUUCGUGGAGAAGGGCGCGAUGGCUGUGAGAAGAUGCAAGAAGGAGGAUCUAAGGCGGAUAGAGAAGGCAACUGGCGCAACGAUGGUCAGCACACUAGCAGACAUCAACACCGGCGACGACUACUUCGACCCGAAAGCCCUCGGCGAGGCUAAAGAGGUGGUCCAGGAGCGGAUAUCGGAUGACGAAUGCAUUUUGGUGAAGGGACCAAAGGUACACACUGCAGCCUCCAUCAUCUUGCGCGGUCCGAACGAGUACUCGCUCGACGAGAUGGAGCGAUCGGUCCACGAUUCUCUCUCGGCUGUUAAGCGCACUCUGGAAUCCGGACGCAUCGUACCAGGAGGCGGCGCUGUGGAGACAGCACUGCACAUUUAUUUGGAAGAGUGGGCAACCAGCGUUGGGUCAAGAGAACAGCUCGCGAUCGGCGCAUUCGCUGCUUCGUUGCUUGUCAUUCCCAACACCCUCGCUGUCAACGCCGCCAAGGACAGCUCCGAGCUAGUUGCCCAGCUACGCUCACGGCAUGCCCUCUCCCAACGCACAUCGGAACCGGCAUCAGCGCAUCCUCCAGUACCCGCAAAUGGUGCACCGCCUUCUCCGGCAAAGUCCAACACACAACAAGCUCUUGACCAAGAUGCCAAGGCUCUCGCAAAGGCAAAGGGCUACCGAAAUUACGGUCUUGAUUUGACCAAGGGCAAAGUACACGACUGCGUAAAGGCUGGUGUGUUGGAACCUAGCAUGAGCAAGGUCAAGCAGCUGAAGUCCGCUGUCGAGGCGUGCGUGGCUAUCAUGAGAAUUGAUACUCUGAUCAAGCUGGACCCAGAGCAGCGAGGCGGAGAGGAUGAUGGACAUGGUCACUGA